GUUCUGUAUGCAGAAGAGUGUCAGACUGGUGCCAGGAGUCACACUGGAUUUAAUAGAGAAGAUUCCUGGAAGACUGAACGACAGGAGAACUCCUCUGGGAGAGCUGAAUUGGAUCUUCACCGCUAUCACAGACACCAUUGCAUGGAAUGUCCUGCCUAGAGAUCUUUUCCAGAAGCUCUUCAGGCAAGACCUGCUUGUGGCCAGUUUAUUUCGUAACUUUCUCUUGGCAGAAAGAAUUAUGAGAUCUUACAACUGCACCCCUGUCAGCAGCCCUCGUCUACCUCCAACGUACAUGCAUGCGAUGUGGCAAGCAUGGGACCUUGCCGUUGAUAUUUGCCUUUCCCAAUUACCUACAAUUAUAGAGGAAGGAACUGCCUUUAGGCACAGUCCCUUCUUUGCGGAGCAGCUGACGGCUUUCCAGGUGUGGCUGACCAUGGGCGUGGAGAACCGCAACCCCCCGGAGCAGCUCCCCAUCGUCCUGCAGGUGCUGCUGAGCCAGGUGCAUCGGCUGCGAGCUCUUGAUUUGCUGGGAAGAUUUUUGGACCUGGGUCCCUGGGCUGUUAGCUUGGCCCUGUCUGUUGGCAUUUUCCCGUACGUGCUGAAGCUACUUCAAAGUUCAGCUCGUGAGCUGAGACCACUCCUUGUCUUCAUCUGGGCCAAAAUUCUGGCAGUGGACAGUUCAUGCCAGGCUGACCUUGUGAAGGACAACGGUCACAAGUAUUUCCUUUCAGUUUUGGCAGAUCCUUAUAUGCCAGCUGAACACAGGACAAUGACGGCUUUUAUCCUGGCUGUAAUUGUUAACAACUACAACACUGGACAGGAAGCUUGCCUUCAAGGAAACCUGAUUGCUAUUUGCCUGGAGCAGUUAAAUGAUCCACAUCCUCUUCUGCGUCAGUGGGUGGCCAUUUGUUUAGGACGUAUUUGGCAGAACUUUGACUCAGCCAGGUGGUGUGGUGUGAGGGACAGCGCUCACGAAAAGCUCUACAGUCUCCUCUCGGAUCCAAUCCCAGAGGUUCGCUGUGCUGCAGUCUUUGCACUGGGAACAUUUGUGGGCAACUCAGCGGAACGCACCGAUCACUCCACCACCAUCGAUCACAACGUAGCCAUGAUGUUGGCCCAGCUCAUCAAUGACGGGAGCCCCAUGGUGAGAAAGGAGCUGGUGGUGGCUCUAAGUCACCUGGUGGUUCAGUAUGAGAGCAAUUUCUGCACUGUCGCCUUGCAGUUCAUGGAAGAAGAGAAGAAUUACCCUCUCCCUUCUCCAGCUGCCACAGAGGGGGGAAGUUUGACGCCAGUGCGAGAUGGUCCAUGUACACCGAGGCUGCGGUCUGUCAGCUCUUACGGGAACAUCCGAGCAGUUACCACAGCGAGAAACCUGAACAAGUCCUUGCAGAACCUCAGCCUGAAUGAAGAAUCUGGAAGCUCUGUUGCAUUUUCUCCUGGGAACCUGAGCACCAGCAGCAGUGCCAGCAGCACCUUGGGCAGCCCUGAGAAUGAAGAGUAUAUCCUGUCGUUUGAGACUAUUGACAAGAUGAGACGAGUCAGCUCUUACUCUUCUCUGAAUUCACUAAUAGGUGUGAGUUUCAACAGUGUUUAUACUCAAAUUUGGAGAGUGCUCCUUCACCUAGCUGCCGACCCCUAUCCUGAUGUCUCCGACUUGGCUAUGAAAGUUCUCAAUAGCAUUGCCUACAAGGCAACAGUAAAUGCUCGCCCCCAGCGCAUCCUCGACACCUCCUCACUGACCCAGUCUGCCCCCGCCAGCCCCACCAACAAGGGCAUGCACAUCCACCAAGUGGGAGGGUCGCCUCCAACCACGAGUACAAGCAGCUCCAGCCUGACAAACGAUGUGACGAAACAGCCAGCCAGUCGGGACAUCACGUCCGUAAGACCUGCCAAUGUCAGCAACAUGGGGGUUCAGUAUACUCCCCACUCCCACCAAUUCCCCAGGACGAGAAAAAUGUUUGACAAAGGGCCAGAACAGACUACCGACGAUGCCGAUGAUACCGUUGGACACAAAAGUUUCAUUUCGGCCACAGUGCAGACGGGGUUUUGUGACUGGAGUGCGAAGUAUUUUGCUCAGCCAGUCAUGAAGAUCCCAGAAGAGCAUGACUUGGAGAGCCAGAUUCGCAAGGAGAGAGAGUGGCGGUUUCUGCGCAACGCUCGCGUCAGGAAGCAAGCCCAGAAGAUCAUCCAGAAGGGCAUUUCCCGGCUGGAUGAUCAGAUCUUCCUCAACAGGAACCCGGGCGUCCCCUCCGUGGUGAAGUUCCACCCGUUCACGCCCUGCAUCGCGGUAGCCGACAAAGACAGCAUCUGUUUCUGGGACUGGGAGAAAGGGGAAAAGUUGGACUAUUUCCACAAUGGGAACCCUCGAUACACCAGGAUCACAGCGAUGGAGUACCUGAAUGGACAGGACUGCUCCUUGCUGCUGACUGCUACAGAUGAUGGUGCCAUCAGAGUGUGGAAGAACUUUGCAGACCUGGAAAAGAACCCAGAGAUGGUAACUGCCUGGCAGGGGCUGUCUGACAUGCUGCCAACUACACGAGGUCUGGCCCGAAGGGUUUCAAUCUAUCUUGACAGAAGUAAACAGGGAGGUGCAGGAAUGGUAGUCGACUGGGAACAAGAAACUGGGCUCCUGAUGACAUCGGGAGAUGUGAGGAUAAUCCGGAUCUGGGACACAGAUCGGGAAAUGAAAGUACAGGAUAUCCCCACCGGAGCCGACAGCUGUGUGACCAGCCUCUCGUGUGAUUCUCAUCGUUCCUUAAUUGUGGCAGGGCUGGGUGACGGCUCCAUCCGCGUGUUCGACAGGAGGAUGGCUCUAAGUGAAUGCCGUGUCAUGACCUACCGAGAGCACACGGCCUGGGUGGUGAAAGCAUACUUGCAGAAACAUCCUGAAGGCAACAUCAUGAGCGUCAGUGUAAAUGGAGACGUGCGCUUCUUUGACCCCCGGAUGCCAGAGUCUAUGAAGGUCCUUCAGAUAGUCAAAGGGCUGACGGCCCUUGACAUUCACCCGCAAGCAAACCUCUUUGCAUGUGGCUCAAUGAAUCAGUUCACUGCAAUCUACAAUGGAAAUGGGGAGCUGAUCAACAAUAUCAAAUACUACGAUGGUUUUAUGGGACAAAGAGUUGGGGCCAUCAGCUGCCUGGCUUUCCAUCCUCACUGGCCUCAUCUGGCAGUCGGAAGCAAUGACUACUACAUCUCGGUGUACUCAGUGGAGAAGCGGAUCAGAUAA